AUGGUAAAUAAAAAAGGAGCGCUCGAGUUUUGGAACUCAAAGCUACAAGCAGCUGAACCAUGCAUCCUAACACUGUCAACCCGAUCUACGGCUGCACCAAGCUCGUCGACAAUCGAGGCGGUGACAAUCGACUUGAAAGAGAUAGGGAAUUUACGGAGCGAAUAUUUCAAUGCCUUCAAUGUCUCAACGUCAGCUAUUCUCAUGACAGCAUGGGGGAUGGUCCUACGCACAUAUACGGACUCGGAUGAGCUUUGCUUUGGCCAUGCAUUCACAACACGACAGAAACCAGCGAAUGGUCAUGAUGCCCUCAACAGGCCUCAGGUUAAUAUAUUGCCUUUCUUUCUUCAGUUUGAAGGAGAAGCAACCGUACUAGAGACUGUUCGAAAAGCGCAGUUGGACUUGAACGAUGCGCAGUCAAAUCAAGACGUUUCUUUGGCCGAGACUUGCAGCCACAUGGGCAUGGAAACUAAUGCAUUGUUCAACACAUGUAUGCUCUUUUCUUCAGAUGAACAAACUCCGCCGGACGCAGCACCCGACAUCUCUGCCCAAGAAGUCACCUUGAUGGAAGGCUGCCCGCAGUAUGAUAUCAUUAUUCACGUACCGUCUUCAAACCAAUGCAUUUUGUUGUAUCAGAGCCAAUAUUUGUCAAAUGAUCAAGCUGUCCAUAUUGCGGGCGCACUGAGAGUUGCACUCACAUCCAUUAUCGAUUCGCCGCAUUUGGCUAUGGAAAAAGUUGAAAUUUUCAGCCCAGUCGAUGAAAGGAAAAUAUCGCAAUGGAAUAAAACGGCACCCGUGGCAUCAGAAUCUUGCCUCCAUGAUCUCAUCAACCAGCAAUGUGAUUUACAUCCGGAUUCGCUUGCCGUUGUUGCCUGGGAUGGUUCCUUCACAUACGGGGAGCUCGAUCGCCUUUCGAAUAUUCUUGCGCAAAAACUUUGCCUCGAAGGCAUAGGACCAGACGUUUUCGUUGCCAUAUGCGCCGAUCGAUGCAAGUGGAUUCCGGUUGCUAUGCUAGGAAUCAUCAAAGCUGGCGGUGCUUUUUGUGCUCUUGAUCCGUCACACCCCCCAAGCCGUUUGAAGGAGAUGUGCAAGGCCUUGGGAUCGAGCAUGGUAAUAACAACUGUGGAUGAUGCCAUGAGGGCCGAUCAACUGGCGUUAACCACUAUCGUCCUCGGGGAUGAUUUAAUGACCGAGCCGAAUGGCACAAAGUUCAGCCCAGAACGACCAUCAUCAUCUAAAACGCGGCCGAGCCAUGCACUUUACUCUGUGUUUACAUCAGGCUCUUCAGGAAACCCAAAGGGAGUUGUCAUCGAACAUCGCUCAUUCGCUUCGACUGCACUAGCAUCGUUGAAGCCUCUCGAUAUUCGACCAGAAGACCGUAUACUCCAUUUCGCCUCCUAUGCAUUCGAUCUUAGCGUUUUUGAAGUCCUCACAGCCCUUACCGCCGGGGCAUCGGUAGCUAUUCCGUCAGAAAAGGCCCGCAUGGAAUUUUUACCUCGAGCCGCAACAGAGCUUGAGGCUACUUGGACAUUUCUCACACCCACGGUAGCGCGUAUGUAUCAGCCUAGCGAUUUCCCUACCUUGAGAACAAUAUCGCUCGGUGGCGAGCUCGUUCAGACAUCGGACAUCGAAUUGUGGGCAUCAAAGAAUCUCAUUACCGGCUAUAACCCUGCCGAAUGCUGUCCUCUCGGUAUUUCCGGCCCAGCUAACCUCUCCGAGGCUAACUUCCUAGGAUGGCCAUUUGUUUCGCAUGCGGCUUGGGUCGCGGAUACUCGAGAUUUUCAAAAGCUGGUGCCCGUGGGUGCCAUCGGCGAGCUUGUUAUCGAGGGACCGGCUGUGGCACGCUGCUAUCUACACGACAAGAAAAAUACUCUGCCCGAUUCGCCGUUUAUCAUUUCCCCUCCGCGGUGGUUGACUCGUUUCCGCGGCGAGGCAUCGCCAGAUGCCCGCCUGUAUCGAACGGGAGAUUUAGUACGUUAUGGUUCUAAUGGCGCCGUGCACUACAUUGGACGCAAAGACUUCCAGAUAAAGAUUAGGGGACAGAGGGUAGAGCUGGGAGAAGUUGAAUCUCAACUACGCACAGCUUUCUCUGCUGGAAAUCAUCGCGUGGCCGUUGAAGCGGUGAAACUUUCCGGCUGGACCACUCUCGUCGCAUUCAUAUCCAUGAAUUCAUCAGAUUCUGUCACAAAUCGGGAUCCUGCGCCAACUGUACGCUUGCAAGAUAUUACACAGGAAUUAGAAAUCUACGUCGAAGGCGUAGCAACCAAACUACGGGGUAUUCUGCCUGCUUCUAUGAUUCCAGCUCCUUUCUUGCCUGUUACUCACAUACCGGUUUCGAAAAGCGGAAAAGUCGAUCGCAAGCAAUUGAGAGCCUUGGCGUCUUCAUUAUCUCCGGAGGUCCUAUUUCGCUCCAAGGGUGAGUCGACAAGUGGGAAUUUACCAGAGACAGACGACGAGCGUCGCUUGCAAGCCCUCUUUGCACAGGUAUUGGGCAUAUCGCCUAGCAAUAUCACUGCAGAUAGCGACUUCUUUCGCUUGGGCGGCGAUUCCGUGCAGGCGAUGAAGCUCUUGGCGCUGGUUUCCCAGGAAGAGGUCUUUGAUCUUACAUACAGCGAUAUUUUCCAACACCCCAGACUGAGAGAUAUGCUCAACGCAUCUAGAUCAAGAUCUCGUUUCAUAGACAACGAUGACGAAACAGGUUCUACCGACUCCGGCCUUCCUCCGUUUUGCCUUGUCAAAGACGCCAGCUCACUUAUCGAUAUCGCGAGUGAUCAGUGUGGUAUAAAUAAAGGAAACAUUGAAGACAUAUAUCCCUGCACCCCGACACAGGCGAAUCUCUUAGCCUCAGCUGCUCUAGAUGGAGAUCCGUGUGUGUCAAUUCGAUCAUUCAAGUUGCAACACGAUAUUGAUAAAGCCCGCGUCAAACAGGCAUGGAGUAUCACCAGUCAAGGUCAUUCAAUCCUUCGAACGCGCAUCAUUCAGAGCAAGACUGGAGCCUUUUUUCAAGUCGUUGUAAGAGAAGAUAUCUGCUGGUCGGAAUAUACAGAUGGCGAUGACCCAAAUUCCCGAUUCCGCCCAUCUUUUGCCUUGGGAAGCCCGUCAGUCCAGCUCUGCUUUAUGAAAGGGCGGCUAUACGUUGCUAUCCACCACGCACUUUACGAUGCUUGGUCAUUGUCACAGCUGCUAAAUGAAGUUGAUGAGGCCUAUCGUCAGCUCUCAGUACGGCAGCUGCCUCCGCUGAAUCGCUAUGUGAAGCAUGUAGCAGAAUCGUUAGACUCUGAGGCUUCAUUUUGGAAAGCAGAGUUGGAAGAUGCUGAUCCCGCACAUUUUCCUGAGCUGCCCUCGAACAAAGCCGAUCUGGAAACAAUAUCAACACCGACGAAAUCGAUCGGUACUACCAUGCCCAUCGAUUCAGAACGCAAGAGCAACGUGGAAUACGAGCUGCAGUUAGCAUGGGCUAUUACUUGCUACGGUUACACCAAGAAUGAAGACGUAAUAUUCGGAGUUGUUUCCUCUGGCAGAAAUAUACCCCUCGACGGCGUAGACAAGAUGCUCGGUCCCAUCUUUGCCAUCACGCCACUUCGAGUGCCCAUCGAUCCAGCUCAGGAGGUGGCAGAAGCCAUAGAAGAGCUGCAGUACCGGUCAGAGGAACAGGCAGCGUAUACUCACCUUGGUUUACACCGAAUCAGUCAACUCGGACAAACGGCUGCAGCAGCUUGCCGGUUCCAGACGUUGCUCGUUGUUGAGCCUAAUGAGUCGGAGAUUCAAGGGACAUGGUUUUGCGAUCAUGAGAUCAUCUACGAUUCUAUCGAGCCUAGGCAUCAUUCAUUGACGUUGAAAUGCCUAGUCAAGCCUAGAUUCGUAGAUGUGACGGCAAUUUUCCACCAGUCAAUCUUGCCUGACACCCAGAAGCAAGACAUCUUGCUGCGGUUCCAACACAUAUUCCGGCAAAUUCAUACGUCUGACGCCCCGGACUCUACCAUAAUGGAUAUUGACACGGAAAACCCGCAAAAUUUGGGCGGCAUUCAACAUUCGAGCCUGUUUGUGAAAAACGUUGGCAGUGACUACACAACAGCCAAUCAGCUGCAUAACAGAGAUAUUUUCUUAUGCAACUCGCCCAAGAGCCAAAUUGAUCAUAGCCAACAUAUGAUUGAUCAUGCUCUGGAAGAAGUAGCUCAAGCUCAAAACUCGUCGGCUCGAACCUGCAGAAGAUUGGAAAGCCAGCAGCUUGCUCAGGCAUCAGAAGCAGUAAACCUCGUGGCUGAGAUAGAUCGAUACGAUCGCACCAUAGCAAUUGCGCAGCAGGAAGAACUUACUAGUCCUAAAAGAAGCUCACGAACCGACGACCUGUCUUUCAAGCUGCAAGCCGGCAUGUCAAUUACGGUAUUUCUAACCGGCUCCAACGGCUUUAUCGGAACAGAGGUGCUUCGCCAACUUCUUGGGAAUCACAAUAUUCGCCGCGUCAUCGCCCUGGUGCGCGGUAGCUCAGCGCAGGAAGCGAGAAGCCGCACAAUCGAUUCAGCAAAAAAGGCACUAUGGUGGACGGACGGCCAUGGUGAAAAGCUUGACGUGUGGCCUGGCGACCUAUCACUGUCGCACUUGGGGCUUGAUUCUGAGCACUGGAGCAUCCUGGAAGACGGCAUGACAGUCGACGCAGUCAUUCACAACGGAGCUUCAGUGCACUGGCUCAAGAGCUACGCGGCUUUGGAAGGAACUAACGUCCGGUCGACGGCAGAAUUGCUGCGUCUUGCGGUAAAGGCGCCCCAUGUGAGAUUUACAUAUGUCUCGAGCGGCAGGUACCAGGACCCCGUGGAGGAAGUUGAGGAACAAGUGGCGAUACAGUUUGCUGCAGGGGGCAUCCCGUACAGCCAGACCAAGUUUGUCGCCGAGUCUCUGGUCAGGCGCGCGGCAGCACGCAUCCCGUCUGGACUUUCGAAUCUCGCAGUUGCUAGCUUGGGGCUUGUGAUUGGCACGCCGACCGAGGGCGUUGUCAACUCGGAUGAUUACAUCUGGCGACUGGUUGCGGCGUGUAUCAAGGCAGGUGUGUGCAAUGCCGAUGAACUGGAUAAGUGGUUUCCGGUCUCUGAUGUGGCACGUACGGCGAGUAUCAUAGUUGAUACGGUGUUGGAGCCUGUGACAACAUCUGCUCCUGUGAAACAAGUCACUGGUGGAAUUACGUGGCGGGAGAUUUGGGAUAUUGUCACGGAAAUGGGUUAUACUAUCGAAAGUAGGCCUGCCAUGGAUUGGAUAAGGGCUGUUCGUCAGGACAUUGAAGUUGAGAGAGAGCAUCACCCUCUUUGGACGCUGGCGCAAAUGAUUGAAGGGAGCAUCGACAACAAAGAGCCCAUGUGGGCAGCAAGUUGGCGCGGAAACGAAGCUGCAUCCGUGAGGUUAAAGGGGGCUGUAAAACGCAGCAUUCAGUUCCUGGGUGAGAUUGGUUUCAUCCCAAAGUCUGGUCUCGAGGCCGAAGAGCAAUUACAUAAAAUACAUAGAGUCGCGCGCUCGCUUGGAAAGAAGGCACUGAUUGGCCUUCAAGUGAAUUGUCUUCCUCGGCCAGAGAUUCUGUAA